AUGCCGUUCGGGUUGUGCAAUGCUCCAGCAACGUUUGAAAGGCUGUUGGAACUUGUGCUUACCGGGCUAAUUGGCGAUGCCUGUCUGGUCUACUUGGAUGACAUCAUCAUCGUGGGCCGUACGUUUGAGGAACACCUUCAAAACCUGGAACGCGUGCUCAUGAAGAUUCAGAGUGCCAACCUCAAGUUGAGUCCGAAGAAAUGUUCACUAUUCGAACGACAAGUCAAUUUUUUGGGGUGUGUAGUGUCGGAAGAAGGUAUCCGCACGGAUCCGGAGAAAAUCGCAGCUGUCAAGGAUUGGCCGGUUCUAAAAGAGAAGACACAGGACCGUCUGUGCAAAACACCUAUUUUGGGAUACACUGAUGCAAGCAAAGAAUUUAUAGUUAACACAGACGCAAGUGAUAUAGGACUUUGCGGUGUGUUGUCUCAACGGAAUGGUGAUCAAGAGGUCGUGAUAGCGUACUACAGCAAGUCGUUGUUAAAACCGGAAAGGAACUAUUGUGUCACAAAACGCAAAUUGCUAGCUGUGGUAAAGUCGUUGCAGCAUUUUAACAAAUAUCUUCUGGGGAGAAAAUUUCACUUACGAACUGACCAUGCUGCACUAAAAUGGCUAUUGCAGUUUAAAAAUCCAGAAGGACAAGUUGCGAGGUGGAUUGAACUACUGCAGGAAUACGACUUUGAGAUCGAGCAUCGCAGCGGGAAAUCUCAUGGCAACGCAGAAGCAUUGUCAAGAAGACCUUGUUCUGAAGAUUGCAAACAUUGUACUAGGCAAGAGAGUAAAGAAGUGGUAUCCGUGAGGAUGCUUGGGACAGACCACCUCCGCAACGAGUGGAAGGACAGUUUACAACGUGCACAGCAGGAAGAUCCGGACAUCAAGCCGAUUCUGCAAUGGAUGAAGGUCAGUGCUCCCAAGCCCAAAUGGAGCGACGUCUCAGCGAUGAGUUCGACCACUAAAAGCUAUUGGGCCCAGUGGGACAGCUUGCUGCUUCAGGAUGCAGUUCUGUGCCGUAAAUGGGAAAAUGUUCGGGGAGACAGCUGUCAUUUGCAAAUGGUUGUCCCUAAAGCUAAAGUACCGGAUGUUCUACAGCUGUACCAUAGUGAUUAUUCAGGAGGCUAUCUGGGAGUUAAACGAACUCUACUGAAGAUCCGAGAACGGUUUUACUGGGUCCACUGUCGAAACGAUGUCGAGGACUGGUGUCGCAAAUAUACAAGUCGUGCGGCUGUAAAGGGACCUCAGACUCAUAGUAGAGGUGCAUUGAAGUUAUACAAUGUUGGUGCACCAUGGGAGAGAAUAGCCAUUGACGUGGCGGGGCCGUAUCCGGAGAGUGAAAGCGGUAACAAGUAUUUCAUGGUUGUGAUGGAUUACUUCACUAAGUGGCCAGAAGUCUUCGCCAUUCCAAAUCAAGAAGCUUCAACAGUUGCAGAUAAACUAGUUCAUGAAGUAUUAUGUCGUUUUGGAGUACCUUUAGAGAUUCAAAGCGGUCAAGGAAGGAAUUUUGAGUCUCAAAUAUUCCAGGAAACUUGCCAAGUUAUGGGUACUCAUAAAACAAGAACGACUUCUUAUCACCCGCAAUCUGAUGGAAUGGUAGAACGAUUUAAUCAGACAUUGGAGAGGUACCUAGCAAAAGUUGUAGACAAUCGGCAACGAGAUUGGGACAAGCACAUACAACCGUUUUUGUUGUCAUAUCGAAGCGCUGUUCACGAAAGUACAUCAGUGACACCAGCUUUUGCAAACUUUGGAAGAGAAUUACGGCUGCCCGCAGACUUGAUCACCGGGAUACCACCUGAUGCCCCACGCAGUAUAACCGAUUAUGCAAAUGACUUGCGGAACAAAAUGAAUGACAUUUAUAAGCACGUCAGACAAUCGGGCCAGCAAAUGUCCGAAAAGAUGAAAACCCGGUAUGACCGCAAAAUGAACAACAAAGGAUUGGACGAAGGUUCACUAGUGUGGUUGCACAAUCCAGUCCGCAGCAAAGGGAAAUCUCUUAAGCUUCAAGCUAAAUGGGACGGCCCGUACCGGAUUGUGACCAGGAUCAACGAUGUAACCUACCGGAUACAGAAAGGCGCAAGAGGGACUCCUAAGAUCGUGCAUGUGGAUCGCCUGAGGCGUUAUUAUGGUGCCGAUAAUGCUCGGGACGAGCAUGUCUUAGGAGGGACAGUGUUGCGCGCCCAAGUUGACACAUGUAUCCGGCACUAG